AUGGCCACGGAGAGUCAUGGAUAAGUCAUGAAAUUUUUUUCAAAAUACCGGUACGAACCCUGUUACGAGGAAAUUGGUCCAGAAAAACAGUUUUGCAAUGCAUCGCAGUACCUAUUAAAAAUAAUACAUAUAAAAUAAAAUUGAGGAACGAGAAAAAGUGGCAUAAAACGAAACUUUUUAUCCAGGAAUACUCAUUGAAAUUGAUUUAACAUAUCAACGAUACGCGUCUUGAGUUUGUAUUGAAUUACGCCACCAAUUCACGUGGUUGCCGCGAUGUUGGUAGCAGUUGCGUGCAUCUGAGACUUGCUUUAUUUGCUCACGACGUCGUGGAUGUUCCGUGCGAUGUUGGUAGCAGUUGCGUGCAUCUGAGACUUGCUUUAUUUGCUCACGACGUCGUGGAUGUUCCGUGCGAUGUUGGUAGCAGUUGCGUGCAUCUGAGACUUGCUUUAUUUGCUCACGACGUCGUGGAUGUUCCGUGCGAUGUUGGUAGCAGUUGCGUGCAUCUGAGACUUGCUUUAUUUGCUCACGACGUCGUGGAUGUUCCGUGUGAUGGCGGGCGAUGGAGGCGAGGUGACCAAGGCGCUCAGAGCUGUCGUCCUGAAGAUCAAAGCUGCUACUGCUGCUCGCUCCCCGGAGGUAAGCGAAUGGUGCGCAGUGCCGCGGCUGGUGGCGGUAAGCAAGACGAAGCCUAAGGAGAUGGUGAUCGAGGCGUACCUCGCGGGGCAGCGGCACUUCGGGGAGAACUACGUCCAGGAGCUGGUGGCCAAGGCUGCCGACCCUGAGAUCCUGACGCGGUGUCCUGACAUCCGCUGGCACAUGAUCGGUCCUAUGCAGAGCAAUAAGGCUAAGAAGGUUCUGUCCAUCCCUAAUUUAUUCCUGAUCGAGACGGUCCACUCCGCUAAACUGGCCUCGCUGCUGGACGCCAUCUGGGCCAAAGCUGGACACCAGCACAGACUUAACAUAUACGUACAGGUCAAUACGAGCGAGGAGGCCCAGAAGAGCGGGGUAGCGCCUGGGGAAGUAACGCAGCUCACUGAACAUGUCAUCAACAACUGCCCCAACCUCAACCUCUUGGGGCUCAUGACCAUUGGGGCGUACGACUACGACCUCAGCCUUGGCCCCAACCCCGACUUUCAGAGGCUGCUACAGUGCAGGGAUGCAGUGUGCGCGCAUCACUCCCUUCAUCACCAUCAGCUCGAGCUCAGCAUGGGCAUGUCUGCUGACUACGAGCACGCCAUCAGCGUGGGCAGUUCGAACGUGCGCGUAGGAAGCGUCAUAUUCGGAUCCAGGAGCCACGAGCCUCAGUGAGGCGAACCUUCGUCCCGGCCGAGAUAAUUUUUCUCGGCUUUUUUCUCUCGGCUUUUUUUUCUUUCGUGGGAGAAAAAAUUUUUUCUCCCACGUAUUUUAGUUAGUGUUCGUUUAGAAGGCGUGCGUAGAGCAUAUAUAGGGGCUCCUCAAGCGCGUUUCCACGUCGGCAUCAUUUAUUAUUAAUAAAGGCAUUGAGUAGAUUAGAUUAAAAUUUGAA